AUGAAAUCCUCGACAAUGAUGAGUCCGAAGUUCAUUGUGUCGAUUAUGCUGCUGGCCGCUACCACUGUCACUGCUCAAUCUACUGUGUACCUUAUCCGCCACGGGGAGAAACCUUCCAGCGGAAACGGCUUGGAUAGUCAGGGCGAGGAGCGUGCUCAAUGCCUUGUGAACGUGUUCGCUGCCAACUCCUCUUACAACAUUGGCCACAUUAUGGCCGAAACCCCCCAGUCUGAUGGUUCGCAACAGCGCCCAUAUGACACGGUUCUUCCUCUCGCAGAGAGCCUUGGACUUACCGUUGACACGUCUUGUGAGCGUGACGAUGCUGAUUGUGUCCAGAAUGUUGUUGAUAGCUACACGGGAGCUGGUAACAUCCUUAUUUGUUGGGAGCACAAUGAAUUGACCGAUAUCGUUACUGCUCUUGGUGACAAUGAUGCGCCUUCUUACCCCGACGAUAGUUUCAACCUUAUUUGGACCGAUCCAUCCCCUUACACCUCUAUCGUCAGUGUGACUAGCGAGGACUGCCCUGGUUUGGAUGACUAG